GAGAGAGAGAGAGAGAGAGAGAGGAAUUCAAAACAGAAAAAACCAAAGUGAUUUAAACUGGGCUGUUGCCAUGGUUCACCAUUUGGAUUCCCUCCGCACUUUGGUCUCUUUAUCUCCCGAACUGGCUCUGGAGAUUUCCUAAAACUUCUUGCUGUCUUUUUUAUCAGUGGGGGAGGAGACAUGAGGAGGCCACCAUCACCUCUUCUACUCCCUUGCAUUCUGGUCUUCUUCUCCUCCCUCUUUCCAGCUCUCACCCAUGGCAGGGGCUCCCCCGUGCUCUCUCCCUUCUUCUCCCCCCUUCCCUCCCCUCCAAUGCAACCCAUUCCCGUACCUCCUCCGUCUCUGGCACCAUCUCCUAUAGUGACGCAGAUCAUAGUACGUCACCACCAUUUCCACAAAGAAUUGAUUGUGGCAAUCGUUCUGGCUUCUGUCGCGGUGGUUUCGAUCAUUAUAUCAACAUUCUGUGCCCUUCUCUUUUGGCGAAGAAAUCGCCAUGCUCUUGAUUCGAAGAACAUUCAAAGUUCAGAUGGUGCUAGAGGGCUUACACUCGGUCCAAUAUUGAGCAAGUUUAAUUCGUUGAAGAUGACUGGCAAGAAAGGAUUGUUGGCUAUGAUUGAGUAUUCAUCCCUGGAAUCGGCAACUAAUAAAUUCAGUGAGAGUAAUGUCUUGGGAGAAGGAGGAUUUGGGUGUGUGUAUAAAGGUUGCUUUGAUGGGGGAAUUCUUGCUGCAGUGAAGAAAUUGGAUGGUGGUGGCCAGGAUUGUGAAAGAGAAUUUGAGAAUGAACUGGAUUUGCUUGGAAGAAUCCGGCAUCCAAAUAUAAUUUCCCUUUUGGGUUACUGUGUUCAUGGAGAAACAAGGCUUCUUGUUUAUGACUUGAUGCAAAAUGGAUCUCUGGAAACACAAUUGCAUGGGCCAUCUCAUGGGUCAGCUUUAACUUGGCACAUUCGCAUGAAAAUUGCACUUGAUACAGCAAGAGGAUUGGAAUAUCUCCACGAGCACUGCAAUCCGCCUGUGAUUCAUAGAGAUCUAAAAUCAUCCAAUAUACUUCUAGAUUCAGAGUUUAAUGCCAAGAUUUCAGAUUUUGGCCUUGCAGUGACUGGUGGAAACCAUCACAAAGGCAAUGUCAAGCUUUCAGGCACUCUGGGUUAUGUGGCUCCUGAGUACUUAUUAGAUGGCAAGCUUACUGAGAAAAGUGAUGUUUAUGCAUUUGGAGUAGUUCUGCUAGAGCUUCUGAUGGGAAGGAAACCAGUUGAAAAAAUGGCACCAUCUCAAUGCCAAUCUAUUGUCACAUGGGCCAUGCCUCAGCUCACGGACAGAUCAAAGCUUCCCAACAUAGUGGACCCGGUGAUUAGGAAUACAAUGGAUUUGAAACACUUAUACCAGGUUGCUGCCGUUGCUGUGCUGUGCAUCCAGCCAGAACCAAGUUAUAGGCCAUUGAUAACUGAUGUACUUCACUCGCUUGUUCCUCUGGUGCCCACAGAACUUGGAGGGACACUGAGAGUUGCAGAGCCAUCUCCUCGUGCAAGCCACAAGUCUUCUUCUCACUAAGCACACAAGUGGGUGACAAACUGGAUGAGUGUUGCAAGCCCGCAAGGAGUCCCAAGGUCUACAAUUAUUGACACGUAGGUUAAUUUACUCAUAUCUGCACCAUUUCUUGCCUACCAUAUGUCCCAAGUCAUUUGCAACCACUUCUUCCAUUCUAUUUUAGUUCACUAAAUGGAGGUUGGUUCACUUGAAGGAAAAAUCUCAUUUCCUCCAUCACUGUUGUAAAGGUCAACUUAUGUUACUUUUUUGCAAUUGGGAAGAAAAUUUGCCUGUACAGAUAUGAAUUAGCCAGACAUCAUUUCGGAGAUAAUUUUGAAGAAACUUAACUUCUUCAUUUGGA